GUCACCGAGUGUGGGAAACUACCGGCGCAAUCUCACGGCCUUGUCACUAUACCAAUAAUUGGUUUUCUCAAUAUAGUUUCCUAAUAUCAUACUGUGAAGAGGGCCUGUGCCUAUGAUUAGAUUGUUCCAGAUUACGAUCCGGGCUCAACCUCGUUUGCCAACAUGGACUCACCUCUCGGGUGACUUUAGUAGCUUCAAUUGGUUAACUCUUUAGUUGUCAAACUCGUCCCUCAUAAGAAACUUCAUCAAAGACUUAAAAAAAAUCUAACUCCGAAGCUAUCGAAUUCUAGCACUUUCAGUUAGGAGAAGCAAAUUACUCGGGACAUUCCACUAAAGACGAAGACCAACACGUCGUUUGAGGCCAAUUCCAUCACCAACGAUACUCAAAGGACAUUAGAACACACUGUGAGGUUAUUCACAAUGUCUUCAUCACGAUCAAGUGGAAGUGGCCAGAGAGGUUCCCGCGGUAACAAGGGAAGACAAUCAUCCCACCAGCAGCUCAUCGAGUCGCUACGCACCCACCGAGUUAACACGCUUACUGAACUCUGCCGGAUUGAACGAGUUGCCGCUAGCUGCGAGAACGAGGAAGACGCGCAAGCUUUCCAGGCCCCGAUGACCUCCGCAUGGGACUACUAUGUGAACAGCAACCAGUUCCUGACCGAACUACGAGGCUUGACGCGCAACUAUCCCAUCUCGGGAGACCUGGUUGACCAGGCGCAUCACCUCGUCCGAAACGACCCGAAUUCGAACCGUAGCUGGAACCUGGCAUGGCUAUGCCUGGUGAAGAUCCGCGACGAGGGCUUAAUCCCGGCAUACGCGCAAGCAGACGCCUGGCGCCGAGAGAUGUGGGGAGGCCGCGAUCCCACGCAGGAGGAAGCAGACCAACUCGCGCAGUGCUUCGAGUACGAAUGGACCCAGGCGGUUGAGAAUAUGCUGCGGCACUGGCCUGCCGCGCCGACAUGGUACUAAGUUUAACAGCCUUCCUUUCUACCCGUUUCUCCUUUUUCGGUCUGUCGUUUGAUCACUCCAUGGGCUUUCUGGU